AUGAAUGAAGAUUUCAAAUCGAGUUUUUUUCUCAUCAACAGACGGCCGUAUUCAGUUUCAGUAGUCAACCCCAACCUCACUACCUGGUUCAGCAAAUACGUGGACAAAAACGAUGUCUCUUCCUGGAACUCAGUCAUUGCCGACUUGGCUCGGAGCGGUGAUUCUGUCGAGGCCCUCCGAGCAUUUUCCUCCAUGCGCAAACUCUCUCUCAGACCAACCCGCUCCUCCUUCCCUUGCGCCAUCAAAUCCUGCUCAGCUUUGCUCGAUCUUCACUCCGGCAAGCAAGCUCACCAGCAGGCUUUGGUCUUCGGAUUUGAGUCCGACCUUUUUGUCUCCUCUGCUCUCAUUGAUAUGUACUCCAGGUGCGGCCUAUUAUCCGAUGCCUGGACACUGUUCGAUCUAAUUCCUCACAGAAAUGUGGUUUCUUGGACCUCCAUGAUCACCGGCUGUGUCCAAAACGACCAUGCCCACCAAGCCUUGUCUCUCUUUAAGGACUUGUUGAUUGAGGAAAUUGACAAUGAGGAUGUUUCUUUAGACCCUGUUGUUGUGGUUUCUGUUUUGUCGGCCUGUUCUCGUGUACCCAGGAAGGAACUUACACAAUGUGUUCAUGGGUUGGUGGUGAAGAAGGGUUUUGAUGAGGAUUUAUGUGUUGGGAAUACUUUGAUGGAUGCAUACGCCAAAUGUGGCGAUCCCAGUCUGUCUAGGAAGGUGUUUGAUGGCAUGUCGCAAAAGGACUUGGUUUCUUGGAACUCCAUGAUCGCAACCUAUGCACAAAGUGGAUUAUCUUCUGAGGCAUUGCAAGUCUUCAAUGGCAUGGUAGAGGAUGGUGACUUCCACUACAAUGCGGUGACGUUGUCAGCUCUCUUAAUAGCUUGUGCACAUUCUGGCCCUCUGCUGGUUGGGAAGUCUAUACAUGAUCAGGUUCUAAAAAUGGGCUUGGAAGAGAAUGUGAUAGUGUCUACCUCUAUUAUCGACAUGUAUUGCAAAUGUGGAAAAGUUGACAUGGCAAGGAAGGCAUUUGAGUUCACAAAGGAGAAGAAUGUCAAGACAUGGACUGCCAUGGUUGCAGGUUAUGGAAUGCAUGGCCGUGCCAAAGAAGCUUUGGAACUCUUCUACAACAUGAUAAGGGAUGGCAUCAAACCAAAUUAUAUAACAUUUGUGUCGCUUCUAAAUGCUUGCAGUCAUGCAGGUCUAUUAAAAGAAGGCUGGUAUUGGUUUAAUACCAUGAACCACAAGUUUGGUGUAGAACCUGGGAUUGAGCACUAUGGGUGCAUGGUUGAUCUUCUUGGGCGUUCGGGUGAUCUUAACAAGGCUUAUGAUUUAAUAAAGGGAAUGAGGGUGAGACCAGACUGUGUAGUAUGGGGUUCCUUUCUUGGGGCUUGUAGGAUACACAAAAAUGUGAUGUUUGCAGAGAUUUCUGCUAGAAAACUGUUCGAGUUGGACCCAAAUAAUUGCGGGUACUACAUCUUGCUUUCAAAUAUAUAUGCUGAUGCCGGAAGAUGGGAAGAUGUUGAGAGGAUGAGAGUACUUAUGAAGAAUCGCGGGUUGGUUAAACCUCCUGGAUUCAGUUUGGUCGAACUGAAAGGUGAGGUUCAUUUAUUUUUAGUAGGAGAUAGAGAGCAUCCUCAACAUGAGAGGAUUUAUGAGUAUCUGGAAAAACUAACUAUCAAGCUGCUAGAAGUUGGUUAUACACCCAAUGUGACUUCAGUUCUACACGAUGUUGAUGAGGAAGAGAAGGAAAUGGUUCUUAGAGUUCAUAGUGAGAAGUUGGCUGUUGCCUUUGGAAUCAUGAAUUCUGUACCUGGUACAACAAUUCAGAUAAUCAAGAAUCUUCGAGUAUGCGCUGAUUGUCACACUGUUAUUAAGUUGCUUUCCAAGGUCGUUAAUCGGGAAAUUGUGGUCAGAGAUUCAAAGCGAUUUCAUCACUUUAGGGAUGGGUUGUGUUCUUGCGGAGAUUAUUGGUGA